AUAGAGAAGAGCCGUCAUCGUUGUCAGUUGGUUACAGUUUGUUACGAGUGGAUUCGAGAGGCACGAUUGGGUCAAUCGGAGAACACCUACGUUACGUUUACGUUAAACGCGUUCUCCCCAUUGCAUCAUAUUCGAUUGAACAAAGUGAAUCUGAGACAAAAAAUGCAAGGGAUCAUGAGAACCGAAAAGUUUAGAUGACACAAUGGAACUAAAAGUCUGGGUAGAGGGCUUUCAACGUAUUGUAUGCGGGGUUACAGAAACAACGACAUGUCAGGAUGUUGUAUAUGCACUGGCUCAUGCAACAGGGCAGACAGGCAGAUUUACCUUGGUUGAGCGUUGGCGAAACAACGAACGUCUCUUGGCCCCAUAUGAAAAUCCACUCAAGAUUUUACUGAAAUGGGGAGAAUACUCAUCGGAAGUUCAGUUAAUACUAAGAAGAUCUUCGGAUGGAAACAAACCGCAAGGUACUUUGGGUGCUCGCUGUACCCAAAGAUCUCAUCUAAAUGGACUCCCUAGUAGCCACCCUGAAGGCACUUAUUUUAAAGAAGGAAAACUUAGCGGAGCGGCAAUCCAAGAGUGGCAAGAUUUUACACGAAAUCCAACAGUCUCUAAUUCUCCGGAAGUUGAUGAACCUAAGGGAUUGGAACGUAACAGAGAUAUCAGAACAUCACUCACAUUCGGUGGACUUUGCAGUGCUGUACCAGAAAAUACUUCAGAGGUUCAAAUGGAAAAUGUGGCCAUAGUUCAGCCUACACAGCAAUUAAAAUCAAAAGAACCAAGUGCACAAAAAGUUCAGCACAAACCAAGCCAGUCCCCGAACCGAGCAGGUAGCAGUGAAUACAAUGCAACAUACAUGCAACAAAGGAAAGUUCGAGAAGUUCCUCCAUACAGGGAUCCACCUGGAUUAGUUUCAGCUUUACCAAGGACGCUUCCGCCUUACAGAGAGCCACCCCCGCCAAACCUCAGCAGCCCUAGUAGAUCUCAAUUUUCGCCAUUAUCCAGUGGCGGGAGCCCACAGCUUCAGAAAGAUGGUCAAUCUUCUCCGAAUAACUCGACAAAAUUGAAGCGAAAUCUGUUCAAGGAAUUUCACGAGCAGAAAAGUCAAACACCAAUGAGUAAUCCAGUACCAAGUCAGCCACAAAGUAUGAUGACUGUUGCAUAUACUCAACGAUAUGUUGAACUGGUAAGAUUGGUUAACAGACAGCGUGACACCAUUAACGCCCAGCAAGCAGAUUUAACUAAGUAUGAUGCAGAAAUACUGUAUUUCGAAACUAAAAAUAAAGAACAAGUACAUCAAAUGGAUUACAUAUCACACGAGGUGAAUCGAUUUGAAUCAACGGGACGUAUGCUCGAAGAACAGUUAAAAGAACUAGCUCAUGUAGAAGAGGAAAGUGAAAUAGUGCGGCAGCAAGAAAAAACUUUAAAGUCCGAAAUAACAUUGCUAAGAUCGAAGCUUGCAAAUUGUGAAACAGAACUGUUGCAGUGCAAAAAUAAAAUUAGACUGGUGAUAGAAGAGCUUGCAUCGGAACAACAUGCGAUGAGUCGUGAAGUAGACGAAAGGAAAAUAAUGGAACGAAAGAUAAUAGGAGAAGUGGAACACUUGCAAUCUGAAGUUGAACAUGCAAAGCGAUCGGCAGAACUCGUUACACAGUGCGCUGAAUCUCUGAAAUUAGAAGUGGCUAGUUUAGAGUCAACUAUUGUUGAGAAAAAGGUACAGGUCGAACGCCUGGUAGCUGAUAUGAAGGAAGCCAACUUACAGAGUCUUGCCGUUGCGUCACAGGAUGAUCAGAUCAAACAUUUACUUGAAGGCGCACUGAAACCAGGAAGUACACGGAAAAUGAUAGGAUCCCCGAGACAGCUUGAAACUGCCGUUCCUACCAGUAAAAACCCACAUGGUGUUUGGGUUUAAAAUUUAAACACCGUCUCAUAUGUGACCUGUGUACGUAAUACAAAUGCAAACAUUAAAUAAGAGUAUUUCAAUCGGCUGUUGCCAAUAUACGUGAUACACAUAUACACGGACGAAAAAUCGAUUACAAAGCAAUAACUGAAGUAGCUUUUUCUGAAAAAUUGUCCUCUAUUUCAAGAUGCACAACGACUAAGGGUGGAAUCAGUAUGAUCAAAAUAUAUUCUUUUUUUAUCACGUGGCCUAUCUGGUAGAUUUGUAAGUUUCUACACUGUCUAAUAGUAAAAUAAUAAAAGCACAUUGUUUGCACUCUGCACAGAUGUUUCACACUUUUCUACGCGGUAAAACCCGCUUGUAUAGAGUUUGUAGUAGUCUUAUAUGUAUACAUAUCUUUGAAAUAUUUUGUGAAAGCAUAUCUCUAUUUUCUAACUCAAUCUCGCAACCAAUUAUAGUCGAGGCAAUAUUCUAAAUAUACCUACGUUGCCUACUGAAGAAAUACUUUUUGAUUCUUUAUAGAGCAAUGAAAAAAAACAUUACUUUUGUUUGUAAGCCUGAAUGUACAAUUUAAUAAGAGAUUGUUAUUGCGUGGUAGCAUGACAAUCCGAUAAUGUAUAGGUCUGUGCAAGUAAUAAACUAUGUAAUUUCAUUUAAUUAUACACAUAGGAGUCAGGAAAUCGAUCCUAAUACGUUGAGUAUACAUUAGCUGAUAUAGCACCACGAAACCAAUUAAUCUAUAUGAAGCAUUAUCUUGUAAGAUUCACGAACAACGUCGAGGUUAAAACUUUCUGCUUUGUAUGCUAAAUUGUAAUAUCAAUUGAUUCUUAAUUCACAAUCCCGUAAUUUUAAACGAAACUCCGCUGUUCAUUAGAACCUUCAUUGCUAGUUCUAGUUGAAUUUUUAAAAAUGCAAGACAUAGUCAUUCCUAAAACUUCUUGAAAAUUAUUAUUAGAUUUCACUGUCAAAAUUGAAAAAACAUAAUUAUGUCAGCGCAAUUCUUAUAGCUCUUAUUAAGUUCAUGAUUAUUUAUGUUGAAUUAAUAAGCUGGUACGUCAUCUGAUGUGUAAUGCCAUAAUGCACCAUGGCUCAGCAACCACCUGUAUGCUGGUCUUUAGUACUAAAGUACCUUGAACCACCGACUUAUAUGCCAUUUAAAGCCAUUACGUUUAAGAGUUGUUACAAUCGUUGAUAAGUAUAACAAUGCAAGGUAACUCCAAAAAUUUUUUCAUCUCAAAAAUCGUGCAGAAGACAUCAUUUUCUUCAAAUUAAACUAUAUUGCAUAAUGUCGUGGUAGGAAAACUUUACACUAUGUACAACAAAGAGUAUGACAUUAAAUUUUGCAGUAUGUAUCCCGAAUGGUAAUAGAAUAUCAUAAAUUUCUAGUACAUGUGUACUAACUAAUAAAGACAUUAUUUCAAGAUGAUAAAUUCAGACGAAAUUUAAAAAUUUUUAUAAAAAAAGACAUGAUUUUAUUAAUACGGCUAUCAAAAAUCUAGAGAAUAAAGACUGAACAGUUAUUUGAAUUUAUGAGUGGAAUACAAACCCGCGAGUACAGCCGUACAGAAAUAAUUUAAUCAUAUAAUUUUCGGACUGAUAUAAUUCUGCAAUAAUUUCUUAUUGGUAAUAUCUGUGCAAAACAAUUUUUUUAUUUUGUACUUUGUUCAGGGUGUCUACUGCUUCUUAUAUAUCCUAAAAUCCUCAAGUCAUCCUGGAUUACAAAAAUUGCUCCACAAGUUAUCGAAAAAUCCUGGAAUCAUUUGUAUUAUCCUGAAAAAGUUGACGUGAUACAGUUUUUAUUGAAAACUGCAAUAUUUGAUUAGUGACACACGGCCUUUUCACGUAAAGUUUAAUUCGUCAUGCCUCUAGAGCAUAUGCUUAAUACCUACAGAUAUGUGAAUUACUUUAUUCAACACGUAACCAACUCAUCCUAUUCUUAAAAAUUCAUAAGAAAACGAAAUUAAGGACCUAGAAUUUUUCUAUAAGUUAUCCUGGAAACUCCUGGAAUAGUCCUGAAAUCUCAAUUCUCGAUUGCAGUAGACACCCUGUCUAUUGUAUUCAUUAAUAUACAUGUAUCACAGCCUAUUAAGUGUAUUCGUCUAUUAGCCUGAUUAUUGUGUCUCAAUACUACUUGUGUUGAAUAUUUCGGAUGAUAUCAACUGUGAUUCCCAUGGUUUUGAUAUAGCUUUGCGUAUUCACAUUUCAAUACACAAUUGUGUGUUAAAAUUAAUAACGAGUAAUAUUAUAGCCUUCUGAAUCACUGAAAGAAUUAUUUUCUUCCCAUUCAAUUAGUAGAUAAUCAUAUGUACUGACAUACAAAUAAUUAUUAGAAAAUAUUUAUUCCAUUCAUUAGUUUCAUAUGAAUUUUGAUUACAGCAGAUUGAAAGUUAUUCAUGUAGAAUUGAAAGUUGGCGGCUUGAAGAGUUUUGAAUUCAAUUUUCUUUCCUACAAAGCCUAACUGCGCUGUAAAAAGAAAUGUUUGAACUCGUAGGAGUGCUUAUACCUUGAUUAUUAGCUGAAAAAAUUGUAGCUUAUUAAAACGAAUCUUUAAAACGAUUGUAAUUUUUAUAUAUUAUAAUAGAUAUUUUUAUCAGUUUUAUUGUAAGUAAAGUUUCUUACUAGAACAAUACUAAAUUAUAUAUCACGGUCUAAUACAAUCUGCAUAAUUCAUAAGUAAUUACAAUUUUAUCUAGUACCACGAAAGUAUAUUAUAAAGUUCAAUUAAAAAAAAUAUAUAUAUAUAUACACAUAUAUGUAUUAUAUAUACAUACAAACAUAUCCAAGAUAUGUGAUCAAAAGUUAAAAUGAUCCCACUUAGUAAUUAUCAUACAUAUACAAGCCCACUGCCAUUAUUAUUAUUAUUAUUAUUAUUAUUAUUAUUAUUAUCGUUGUUGUUAUUAUUAUCAUUAUUGGUUUUAUCCUCAUAAAUAAGUAAAAAUUACACAAUAGUUUAUAUCCCCAUUACGGUUUAUCGUAUUUUUGCAUCAUUUUAUGAUUGUUUUAAUUUAUGCAAAUA